AAGUGCGUGCGGCCGAUCGGUCUCGAGGAGUGCAGCAGUAGCGCUCCGCGUCGGCGAUGAAGGCAGACGAUCGUCGGUCUGCGCCGCGGCUAGGCCUAGGCUGCGCGGAGGAGGUUGUGCAAUAUCAAAAAAAAGUUGUGUGGUCGGAGCCGCUCCCACAAGUUUAGCGUUUCGCUUUAUGUUUAUUCCUGUGCGCGCUCGGAGAGGUGCGUGUCGAAAACGAGAAGGACGGAGGACGGAAGGAUGACACUUGGUCGUCGCCGUGUUGCUCGCCGGCGGUAGUGCUGGGGGGAACAGAAAGUGCAGCUCGCGGCUUUUUCAGCCGCUUGGAUCUUUUCGUGUGAGUGUACCGCGACGCGAGAGCCCGACUGUGAUGCCAUCGAGGGAUGCGUACCGUUGGUUCGACAUGUACGGCGCGGUCAAGCCGCCCCGCCGGAUUCAGCUUCCGAGGCUUGUCGGCGCACCACUCGGACCAUGCGUGUUCGCGCGGCGUCGAUCCAGCCUGCGUCGAGCUCUCGUGAAACUCAAAGAAGUCUACCCGUGCAAGGAAUUUGACGUCCGGCGCAUCGCAAAGCUCUCACGUGCAGGGGACAGUCGGCCCGUGUACUGGGGCAUCCAGCUGGACCAGGACCUUCUGGAGACUAUAGUGGCCAUCUACCCGGAGUGGUUCAGGGACUACAACCUCGGCAUCAUGGCCGAGCAACAGCAGCAGCAGUCUCCCGCGGGAUCCUCGUCCUCGGGCGGCGCCGGUGACGGGGGCGCCUCGUCGCCCCCCGCCCGCGUGGACGAAGCCUCUCUGCAGCAGGCCAUGGACCGGAAUAAGGAGUCGCUGAAAGUGAAGCUCAUGCUUCGGCGACCCAUCACUCAACUGGUGGAACAAGGCAUCAUGCCAUCUCUCAAGACCUCUCCCGCAUUCCAUGAACAGAGGAAGAACCUCGAAAGGGCCAAGAUGGGGGACUACCUCAAGAACAAAAUCCAACGGAGGCCAGAUCGCCAGGAACUCAUACAGCAACACAUUCUUGAAGACACCACGGUGGACCCGAGCCUUCAGGACAAGCAGCGGCAGUUGAAGAAAGCACGGCUGGCCGACGGCCUCAACGACCGCCUCUCUCACCGGCCCGGACCCCUGGAGUUGGUCAAGGGCAACAUCCUUCAGACAGAUGCCACAUUCGCUCAGGCCAUCAAGGAGGGCCAGAUUCCUUUCCGGCGGACAUGCGAAGGCGAGAGCCGAAAGCACCCACCGCCCCCGCAUUUCCUCAUUGACGAGGACAGCGGCGGAAGCGACUCACUUGUGCCCUCCCCCGGCCAGGACUCCAAUGACCAGUCGCAGAGCAGUUUGCCAUCCAUAGACUUGUCGGAGUCAUCGUCGUCGUCCGGGACGUUGCACGAGGGUUCACCAAGCUCGCUCUCCGCGGGCAGUCCGCGCGCUUCACCCCCGGUGGCACCGACCACGGCGCUGCCGGCACCCGUGGUCCAGGUGGCAACUGUCGCACCAGCGACGACGUCCUCGCUCUGCGCUUCGCAUCAGCUUCAGCAGCAAGCUGUAGCUCCCUUAACGCCUCAACCAUCACCGCUGCAGUCGUUUCUGAGCUCGGGUGCCACAGUGGUGACGCCAUCGACAACGGUGUUUCUCACGGGCACGGCGGUCGCACCAGCACAACCGCAGCAGGCAGGCGGCGGCAAAGCGGCUCGUAAGAAGUCGAAGUCAAAGGCGCAGCCCAAGGCACGCACCAUCAAAUUCCACGAGUACAAGGGUCCACCAAGCGCUCAAAAGAACCAGCCAACCACAUCGGCGGCGUCCGAAUCGUCGUACGAGCUUCUGCUCCAGCAGCAGCAGCUCUUCCUUCAGUGGCAACUCGAGUGGCAACAGAAGUAUCCGCAGAUUAUCUUGCCCGCAGCUCAGAAGCCAGUGGUGUCGGAGGCAUCUCAGGCGCCUGUACAGCUGGCGACCCCGCCCCCUCCGCCUCCCCCUCUGCCGCCCACCGUCAGUUCACCUCCCAUCACCAUGACGAUCACGCCUGACCUGCCACGCCAACGGUCCAAACUGGAGGACAUGAAGGUCAGCGACCUGAAGGCGGAGCUGAAGCGCCGUAACCUGCCCGUGUCGGGGUCCAAGCCACAGCUCAUCGAGAGGUUAAAGCCAUUCUCUGACAUCGGGUCGGCUGGAACUCAGAGCAGUGGUUCUUCUUCAGACCAGCCGGUGUCCUCCGUGGAGGCGACAGACAUAUCCGACCUCUCCUCCCCGCAGUCCCCGUCUCUGGGUCUUUCUCUCGAGAUGCACGAUGGGAACCCGCCGUCGGUGGUUCCAAUGGAGGUUGAUGGAAGCGGCGACCUGAUGAUGGGGCAGCAGGACUCCCCGGCGGUCAGCACCUCCGAGACGGACUUAUCUGGUUCCGGAGCGGAGGACGAGCUCAUGAGGAUCCAGCAGAAGCGAAUUGAAGAGCUCCAGCGCGAACUCCAAAGGUCUCAGCUUCGGUUGCAGCAGCAGCAACAGCAGCAGGUGUCCACGCCGUACAGCCUGAAGAGUGUCACGCCACCCAUCACCACCUUCACCCUCACCCUGUCACCGUCGGGCCAGGCCAUGGUGACGUCGCAGCCCCAGACCACCAGCCUGCUGACGUCGGGCAACGUGGCGAGCACCGGUACCGGCAUGGUUGCUGCACCAGCCACGGUCGCCGACACCAAGUCGCUUCAGCGUCAGCUGCUGCAGCAACACCUACAGAACAAGAUACAGCAGCAGCAGCAGCACCAGCAGCAGCAACAGGCUCAACAACAGCAACAACAGCAGCAACAGCAACAACAACAGCAACAACAAGAUCAGCAACAGCCCCACCAACCAAACUGCAUGAACAGUCCGAGCCUCGCCCCUAGCCUCGCCUCGCCGUCGCCAACGUCUGCGGCCGUCAAGGCUUCGCUGGCCAACUUCCUUCAGCAACAGCAACACCACCACCAGCAGCAGCAACAGCAGCAGCAGCAGCAGCAGCAGCAGCAGCAGCAGAGCCUCGCAGCAGCGCUGGCACUGGGCAGCGACGCCAACAACAACCACCAGUUGAGCGGAGAGCCGCAGCGCGGCGGGAGCAGUGGUCGCGCCAUGGCCUACAGCCAGGGGAAGCACCCUAUGAUGAAAACCCCCAACGGCCUCCAGUCUCGGUCCCUGCAGCAAGCUUCAAGCUUUCCCUCGUUGCUGUCGCCCAAGACUGCUUCACUUCCCGAACCAUUCAUCCUCACCAAACAGCCGCCAGACUAUGAUGAAGCGACCAAGCAUCUCAAUAAGACGAGGCAGGCGCAGAUGCUACCGCUGAACAACCUAGCGCCUGCAAGCUCAAAACAGAAUCGCCCUCGUUCAAUCAAGAGCAAGGACGUUGACGACGUUCUUGAGAUUCUCAUCAAAAAUGGAGAGUUGCCCCCAAGCGCCGCACAAGAGCCACCGACACCCACGACACCGGGGACACCCAUCACCGACAUGAGCGGACUUCUCGCGUGUACGUCACCUUCGUUUCCGACACCACCGCCUUCGUCGGAGGCAACGACCGCCACACCGGGCGAACGGAACUCGCCCUCCCUGGUGCUGUCCGGCGAUGGCGAGACGCCCCCUCCGUCGGCGUCGUUGGACUUUGACUUCCACCUGGACCUGGACGACUUCGAAGGCAUGGACCUCGGCAUGCUGACCGACAGUGGACCUGCCAAGAACCAGGCUCCGCGGAACCACCACACUGGUGGCAGCGUGGACCUCUCUGACCCAGCGCUGAGCAUGGAGAUCGAGCUGUCGGACUGGCUGGACGUCAUGAUGCCCCAGACGACUUCGUCGUCAUCGAGCAUGCCCAACGGCCAGGUGUCCUCAUCCUCCGUGACUCCGUGCACGACGGUGUUGUCGUCGUCCGCCGUGGCACAGAAUGCAACGCAGCACGAUCCGUUGCUGUCGACAAACGCGUCCGUGGACGUUCAGGACCCGUUCGACCUAUUUUCGGUGAACGACGCAGACUUUCGGGCGUGGGACGACUUUCGGACUAAUUGGGACAGCGCAGACUUCAUCGCCUGACUUCUGCGGACCGUAUGAGGCGGUUCAACGCAGGAGCGGGAGAAAAGGUGCCCCACACGCUGUUGUGAGAUGGUUUUCGCAUGCCAAUGUGCCAGUGAUGACUCUGUCGGUGACUGUCUCCACCGCCACUGAUGGGCGAAAGACUCGCGUGUUCGUUAUCAAUAGAGAGAGAGAGAGACCAAGGUAAUUUUUUUGCACUUAUGACAACCAAAUAGUUGUUAAAAGGCCGUCUUAGUGUCACGGACCAAGCACAACAACAGAAACAAAAAACAGAUUGCGUGCCAAGUUAAAGUGCCGACCGCUUUUCAAGACUUUCUUUUUUUGCUUUGUUCGUUUCAUUUUUCUCAGCCAGGAAUGUCUUGUCACCUUUUCCAGUGGCGAGAAAUCAGAUUCAUAUCGCGUUCGUGUCGUCUUCCAUUUCACGGUGCCAGGAUUGCUCACGCCAAAACAUAAAUAUUGGAAGGGAAACCGCAAACACUUGGCGGUGUUUUUAUAGCACCCAGGCUCUUAAUGAAUGGCUGCAAUACUAGCCGCGUCCUGGCCAUUGCAUUAGAAACUUGCCAAGUGGGGCACCGCAGAUCACCAUUUUUCGUGCAGACACGACGCAAGUACAAAGAGCUCCCACUAUGUCUUAUCAUUUCGCAUCGUACAGUGAUCUAUGAUUGUAUGACGAUCGUACGUACGCCCCCCUCUCUCCCUGCCCAUUCUCACGCUAGAGAAAAGCUCACAGUGGCAGUCGAUGCUCGCCUCGACGUUGAAUGAAGGCGUUCGCACGGUAACGCUCUGCGUGCGUUGCCAACUUCAUGCCGACCAUCACUCUUUUAUUAUGUACAGUCGAACCUCCUUAUAAUGAAAUUGCACGUGAUGCGAAAUCGCGUUCAUUAUGUUUGUUAUAUCCAAUAUUCGUUAUAACUGUGUACACUGAUAUCGCUAAAAAAUAUAUCUACAGUAAUUCAUGAUCUGGCCUAUGCGAAAGAAACGCAAGCCUCCGACAGGCCAGCAAAGGCUCUCCCAAGGAUUGACAGCCCGUCAGUAGGUUGCUGUCCCGAGAUUUCCACACAUGGACGCCAAACCACAAACGCUUUUUUGCAGCAGCGUGGAUAAGUAACCACGUAAUAGGUGUGGUCUUAUGCGAUCGGUGCGUUGGCUUUCUGGCCACGGGGCCAGCCAAGCCAAGCUUGGCCAAAAUGCACUUGUGCAUUCAGAAUGUACUGUUCCGAGUUGCUCUUGUUGAGUUGUUGGCAUCGUCUACCAGAAUACAUAUAAAUAUUCACUUUGCUGUAACCGAUGGAUCUUUCGUUUUCAAUUCCGCUAUAGCGGUAGAAUACUCCGUAAUAUAAAGCAACCAACUUAGGCUUACUCGUUCUAUCCUAAUUAUUAUUUAUAUCCAACGAUUUGUUAUACCCAGGUUCGUUAUGUUGAGGUUCGACUGUAACUUUUGCUUUUUUCGAUAAGGGAUCAAGACAACUGCUUCUGCAAAAGAACACUUGGGUCAGACGAAGAGACACGCGAUACGUAUCUUGCAGAUUUCGGAGAUGGUAAGCCAGCUCAGAGACGCAGGUACUACAUUCUUUCCUGGCUUAAUGUCGAGAUAGCGUCGUGGUCGACGCGAAAAAAAGGACUGACCGGAAACAGGCGCACGAGUUCUCGUCGGGAGAACCACAUUCCAAGCGUUGUUUCGUCGGUGGAAAAACGGAGAGAACACGGAAGAAGGAAAAAAAAAAGAAAGGACGCGAAAUCAAAUGAUGCCACCUCAGAAAUGCAAUCGUGAAAGUCGUGAGAGGCAAAAGCGAGAGAGACAUUGACCAUGGUAUAUGCCCGGAGGCAUCCGAGGAAGCCAUUAUGCCUCGAGCCCAACUACAAUUUUUUUUUACCACAAUAUGAAAUAGUACUUUGGGAAUGCAGAAAUAUUCUCGCUAGACCGCUAGUGCCACAAUGUGUGAAGCACUUUUAUUUAAAAGAAGAAUGUUUUACUGUAGCAGAUGAUGCAAGCAGAAUACGCAUUGAAGCUUUUUUUAUUUAUUUGCUUUUAUGGCAACUGUCUUGCCAAUAUUAAAAAAACAAAAACUUGGAGAAGUUUUUAGUCUGGUGGCUUGUACGUUAUCAUGCGAUAAGAAAUAUCGAAGUUCAGUUGACUGCUUCUGUUGGACCACUGGAACAAAAUUGGCAUUGAGUACUCGACUCGGUGACAUGUUCCCACAUUUUUCAGUAACGACAUACACUCAGGCCUGUGACCAACGCUUGUACAUGACAUAAUGCAGUCGACUCGCAUUGAUUAAAACUCGUAGGAGACAUGUAUUUUUGUUCAAGUUAUCAGGAAUCGAGUAACGCUCACUCAAAAAACGCAAUUGGCAGUUACUAAGCGAUUAGAUACUAGCUGCAGUGGUCCAGUUGGCAUUCAGGUAAACCACUGUAAGAGGUAGAACUAUGACCACAAGGUCAUGAGCUUGAUUCCCACCCACCACAGCUACAUUUUGAUACCGGUGAAUGGUAAAAAACGCUCAUGCACCAUGCUAUGGGUGCAUGUUAAAAACACUCCAAGUGGUUAAUGCAAAGCAUUCCACUACGUCUUUUAUAGCUCCAGCAUAUAUCUUUUGGGUAUUGGGCCCUAUGAAUCAAUCACUCGGUGAGAAAACCUCAUAGGACACUAAAGUAUAUAUAGAAGCAAUUAAAAAGAUGGUUAAAGAGGGACAAAUAAUGACAGAGUAUGAAUUAUCAGUGGCAUUAAAUGUUCAGAAAUAAGAAUCCUAUAACUGCAAGAGCAAUGUUAUUGGCCAUUCUAAUAUUUCAAGUGGUAUUUACAUUUUUCAUUUUUGCACCAGGUAUUUGACGUUUGUCAUAGACUUAACGCAUAGCGUGGAAAGCAAAAUUGAGGUUGCUUGUGCCCCUAUGAAUCGUUCUUGGCCAUGUUGGUCUGCAACCAAGAGGCUUGUUUUGUUUCAUGUGGUUCAAAAUGCUUCGAAGACAUUUUGGGCAAGCAAAUCUUCCAAGGUCACUAUGGAUUAAUUGGAACUUGAAUUUACAGUGAACAACUUGCUCUUCCCGAGCUCGGUGAUGAUGUUUGCAAGUUUCUGGGUAAUUCCUAGUUUUGGAGCAACUUCACGGUCGGCCUGUUUGUUUGAAGUGGAAGGAGAGGACAUGUAUUGUUCCACAGUUUCAAUUUUUCAAGAAGUGACAGGCUGAAUAUUCACGAAAUUCUCGAAUGUAGAUUAGUGUAUCCGAGAUAGAAUCGGUGCGAGUCCACUGUAUGCAAUUUAAUGGCACUAAUUUUGUCCACUUGUUUUCAAAACUGUCUACUUAUAAUGGGCAUUAUUGUGUCCUAUUUGCUUCUGCAACGUAUCACAUUUUUUUUUCCUUGAGGUAUACAAAACUCUUGCCUAACUUUCACUACAAAUAGUGCAAACGUUUGACAAAGUUCAGUGAUGUCAGCCACUAGAUAUUUUUGUUCUUUUCAGAUGCAACAAAUUCUAGCCCGAACGGCUCAGCAGUUGUUUAACGAGGGUGCUUUUGCAUUCCCCGUGCAAUUAUAGAAUGAAAUCGACGUUGGGCCUCGAGGGAAAGCCCCCACAUAAGGAUCACCAGGCCAGAACAGAUACACCCAAUUUAUUAUCGUCGAACCUUCGUUGUGUUUUCUACACACGUGUGUGUGUGCCUGUGUGUGCGUGCGUGUUAUUACCAAGGUUGUAAUCUUUUUGUACAUAAUUUAGGCGAGGCGCAAAAAUCGACAAAUUUGUUGCGACAUAUAAAAAGAAGAAAAUAUAAUGGCCCUCCCCUCCCAGCUGUGACAUAAAAAGGCAAACUCAAACAUUCUGGUACGUGUGCUGUGCAAAAGUAAUAAUUCCCGCUUUUGGCGAGCUUAUUUUCGUAAUUUCACAAACCUGAUGCUAAUGAGCUAGCUGUUCUUUGUCAGCGUGUUAAUAUGAAAUCUGAUUGGGAAAUUUUUUCACAAGUUUAUUUUACACCUUGUGUAUAGAUGAAUUCAAACAGUGCCUUUUGCCUCGACGGCAGUCGUGUAACAUUUGUGCUCAAGUCUCGGCUGGCGUCUUGUAGUCACACUUAAAAAGUUACAGCAUCUUUCAAGGUAGAGUUCCUAUGUGAUUGAGUUUGUCUUUAUCAUUUGUUGUUUACUCUAUUUGUCGAAUUGCCCAAGCCACGGUUGUAUAGGCGCUCGAUUUUUUUUUUCUUUGCAGCUGGUCUCUGGCUUUUUGUCGCAUGUGCUGGUAACACUAACCCAAGCUGGUUUCUGUGCUUUCUUUUUUUUUUUUCUUUCAACAUUUGCAAAAACCAGCUUGUUUUGGGUGACGGAAGCUAUUAGGUGAACAGUGCAAGCAAUACCAUGUUUCUUGUUUCCUUUCUCCUCCCCCCCUUUUUUUUUUCAAAAUGUACAUAUUGUGAGGGCUCAGUCUCCCUGGUGUUGGUGCCCUCAUUGGUGUAGUGUGAUGCAAGAAAUAAAAUAUAAAUGAAUACACCGAU